GUCAUCAAUGUCCUUGGAGUAGGAAGUGGCUCAGGUGAAAUAGACUUGCAGAUGCUCUCCAAGAUUCAUGACAGAUAUCCUAAGGUCUCCAUUAAGAACAAUAUUGUUGAGCCCAGCCCUGAACAGUUGUUGAGCUACAAAGAGCGUGUGGCCAAGACAUCCGGCCUGGACCAUAUAACCUUCCACUGGAACAAAAAGACUUCUACAGAGUUUGAGGUUCAAGUGAAAGAGGAGAAGCAAUAUACAAACUAUGAUUUCAUUCAUAUGAUUCAGAUGCUGUACUAUGUCAAGGAUAUUCCCGCUACUUUAAAAUUCUUCACCAGCUUGCUUUCGGCAGAAGGGAAACUUCUUAUAAUCCUUGUAUCUGAACUUUGGAAAGUGAACCAGAGCCAUCCGCGGCACAGAAAUAGCUCAAUGCAGGGCGUAAAUUGUGAGCUGGCUUCUUCCGCAAGCAGCUAUUUCAAGAAGGCGCUCUCUGCUUUCCGCAGGAAGAUUGGACCCGGUUAA